CUUCCAAGAUGGCAGCCAACAGUGGCAGCACGGGUAGCAAAUCCAGCAGCAGCUCCGGAGGAAAACAGUCCGGUCCCUCGGCCGAACAGGUCGUGGCAACAUUUCAGAGGAUGCGUCAGGAGCAGCGCAGUAUGGCCUCUAAAUCUGCAGAGUUAGAGAUGGAGAUCAACGAGCACAGCUUAGUAAUUGACACCCUGAAGGAAGUGGAUCCUUCGAGGAAAUGCUUUCGUCUAGUUGGAGGAGUGUUGGUGGAGAGGACGGUAAAAGAAGUUCUACCGGCGCUGGAAACCAACAAAGAACAGAUCACAAAAAUUAUCGAGUCCAUCAACACACAGAUGCAGACGAAAGGGCGGGAACUCACAGAGUACAGGGAACGCUACAACAUCCGGUUGGUGGGCGAAGGCGAAGGAGAGGCACAAGGCCAGUCAGCUGCGUCCUCCAGGGACAGCGAAGGAGGCGGGUCCAAAAGCGGAGCGGGCGUUUUAGUGUCGUAGUCUGUAAUGAUAGAGAGCGACAGCGGGGCUCUAAGAUUUCUGCAUUGAAAUUACAGUUGGUGUCACAAAAUCUAGGUUUAAAAAAAAAAAAAAAAGGAUCACUCUUCACACGAUGACUUUGCACAUUUCUGCUCAACACGAAGCAUUUAGUGUUGAAAUAAUUUGUAUCAGAAAAAAAAUAAGAUUGGGUUCUUUGUGUUAGAAGCUGGUGUGUCCAAAAAUGGAAGGUGUUAGUCAUGCGUCUGCCUUACAGUAAAGCUGAUUAUUGUUUUGUUUUUUAAAUGUUAAUUGUUGAAAUAUUUUGACAUAUAUUCAGGAGUUGUGUUCAAGCCUCUGGAUGAUUUGUUCGUCUCAACCUGUUUACACAUGAUCACACCAACUAAAAUAUUUGUAGGAAAUGUGUUUGUUAUUCCCAUAUAAGGGAAAAUGUAACAUUUCAAACGCUUAAAACCUGCACACAGUAAAUAAAUAACUAAAUCAAAGUGCAUUAUUAUUAAGUGAACAUGCCUUUGCAAUUUUUUUUUAAACUUCAGAUUUUGGACGACUUGAGGAACGAUUGACAGCUUUAGGAAAAAUAAAUGCUGAUUUCUUAGGGGCCCUAAAAUAGGUUUAAGCCGCAUAAAAAAAAGUCACCCUUGCCAAGACAGAACAGGUCCUGGAAGGCAUUUUGACAACGCGUGUCUUGAGCAUGAACAAGAGAUUAUACUGUAAACCUGUCACUAUUGAUCAAAAUGAAUCUUCUCAGCUUUUUACGCACGACUCAGAAAACUGUCUUCACGUAUUGGCCAUGCGUUGAAAAGCUGCUGGUCUGUAUUCAUAAUGGAUGAUGUAAGGUCUUCUGUGUCCAGUGUUUACUAAAGUACAAGCUGUGACCUGACAAGUGAGCUAAUGAUAAAAGCCUGUCACUGAAAAACACACCAUGAAUCCUGUUAAAUUAGUUUGGAAUUAAUUUGUUAACACAGUCUAAACUGAGGAAAUGCCUCCUAGGACCUGAGGUGCGCUGUCCACACUGUUCAUGUAGUUGUAAAGACAAAAAUGUUUGUUUUUGUUAAUGGUCAUCAAUUAAAGAAUGUCACAAUUGUG